AUGUUGAUGGCCGAGUUUUCUUCAGUACAGCAUUACACUUUGCUAAGUCUAAUACUCUUUAACGUCCUGACUGAGCAGAGGUUUUAUGCAAAUGUGAAGAGCAACAAUAAGGACAGGAAUUUACUGCCUGUGAGCGCGGGGCAGACGCACCACAGCCAGUACAAAGUAAAAACGAUGCUAUUACAUGACAGGUACCCACCCCCACUAACUCAAGUCACACAUAUUCCUCCUUUCCUUCCCCACCACACCGAGGUGCAUCACAAGCCCACUCUCGCCCAGCCACACUCAUUCAACAAGCAACUCAACACCGCCCACCGCUACUCAACUCUCCCACACACCCACAAGCCCACUCACGCACUUCACCACCCAACAACAACUCACCACAGCCCCAAAAACCCCACCACCGACCCUUCCCCCGAAACCCAAAGCACCACCCACACCCCACACCUACGCUCACGUCCACAACUGCAGCCAGCUCCACUCAUCUCACCCCCAAAGCCCCCUUCUCACACACUGCCCCACUUCAUCCUUCACACCCAACUCACACUCACUCACACCCCACACAACAACCCCAGAAGUCUCACAUCACCACCCCCCAAGCCCACUCACUACAUCCCACUCGACACCCCCACACUUCCCAUCAUUGCCCACUCACGAAACCCCAGAGCCUCACUCAACACCCCCAACAACUCCCGCACUCAGCUCUCACACUCCCACGCUCAAACUCCACCUACACUCCACUUCCAAACACAUCUCACACACCACACCACACACUCGUCUUCUCACAAAGCCCCUGUCCCGACUCCACAAUUUGGUACUUCCGGUACUAUUACUCACCUCCUCCCACUCUACAUCUCUCAAUCCCCACCCACUAACUUCCGCUUCCGUCUGCACUACUGUAUCCACUACCGCCCACCCCACUGCUCACCCACCACCAUACCCCCACCCAACAAACCCCCACACCCCGAGCCCAUGACACUCCACUUACACCACAUUCUCCCACAGUUCCCCCACCCACCACUCCCGAACCACUGUCUGAGCCCCACAUCACCAACAUUUGUGUCUCUCCCAACGAUUUUACCCACUCACUCCGGCCACUCCUAUUCCCCCACCCCACUCCGUUUGGGUUCUGCCACUCCGCCCACGCCCUACUUGCCCCCUCCACAUGCCAACCGCCACAUACAUUUUCCAACACUCCACUAA